CGUUGUCCUCCAACACGAUGCCUGAGCCAGCUAAGUCCGCGCCCAAGAAGGGCUCCAAGAAAGCCGUCACUAAGGCUGCUGGAAAAGGCAAAGGCAAGCGCAGAAAGACAAGGAAGGAGAGCUACGCCAUCUACGUGUACAAGGUCCUGAAGCAGGUCCACCCCGACACCGGCAUCUCGUCCAAGGCCAUGAGCAUCAUGAACUCCUUCGUCAACGACAUCUUCGAGCGCAUCGCCUCCGAGGCGUCUCGUCUGGCUCACUACAACAAGAGGUCCACCAUCUCUUCCAGGGAGAUCCAGACCGCCGUCCGCCUCCUGCUGCCGGGUGAGCUGGCCAAGCACGCCGUGUCUGAGGGCACCAAGGCUGUCACCAAGUACACCAGCUCCAAGUAAAAUUCAAACAUCCAUGUAAACUCAACAAAAAAGGCUCUUUUAAGAGCCACUCACUCUUUUUAAGAGCGCAUCUCCUUGAUAUAUUUAGGUAUAUAACUGAGGUUCUAUUCACCAGUGGUUCUCAAUCUGAAUUAAAUGAUUAACACCCUGUGAAAAUGUUUUGUUUCAAGUACCUCCUAAUCAGAGCAAAGCAUUUUUGGUUGAAAUAUAACUGAUAAAUAAGUAGAAUACUAUGCAAUUUUCUUUUUUUUCAAUAUGUAUUACAGAGUAAAAUGUUCAUUUGUAGUGGUCUUUCUUGAACUAUUUGGAAAAAAGGUAUGAAAACAAUUGAAAACUUGCUGAAAAAUAACAAGUG